AUGGAUAAUUUUCCAGAUAAAAAACUAAACAAUCUGAAUUCACCUAAAGUUGCUGAAAAAGUAAUUAACGUAGAUGAAAAUAUGUCCAAGAAUCCAGAAGAAUCGGUUAAUUUGCAGAGUAGUAGCACAAAACAACUACCAGAUAAAGUAAUAUUGCAAACUACCCAGAUAAGUGCUGAAAGUUUACCACAUUCUCAUUUAAUUGAAUCAACUAUUCAUGAGACAAAGAUGACUAAGAAAUCAAGAUUGCAUAAAAGAUCUACGCCAGAAGACUCUCAACGUGGUCAUGAAAAUAUUUUUUGGGACCAACAUGUAUCUAAAAAUGAUGAAAGUUUAAAUAUUAAUUCAGCGAAAGCUACAAAACCACCUAUUAACGAUGGUCAUAUCGGCAAUUUUUCUUUACCAAAAUUACCGAGUAAAAAUACUCCGACUCAAGGGCUUAAUGAUGGACUUUUUGUUUUCGGUGAGCCAAAAGUCAAUGUUGAAACGAAACAAUUUACGUUUUCUUUAAAACCCAAAGAAGUUCAAAGAAAGAGUGCUUCGCCUGAUAAAAAACAACUCAACGAAGAUGAAUCAUUGAUUUCGCUCCUAACGUGCAUUAAUAGUUUAAACACAAUUAUUUCUAAAGCAGAAAAAUCAAAGGUGAUCGGAAUCUUUGACAGCCCGAAAUCUAAUGACACAAAUACAAUUAAGUCCGCUUUGUUGCAACUACGUCUCGCGCCUGAUAAAGCUCCAUGGGUUGAAAAAGCUGUUUUUGUCAACAAUCAAGUUCCAGCGUCUGAGUUUAUUAUUAGAGAAAACAUUCUAUUUGGAAAUGAAUACGAUGCCCAACGUUACCAUUCAGCGAUUGCACUGAGUUGCUUACGAGAAGACCUUAAAUUGUUAGCAAAUGGUGAUAAAACUGUAAUUGACAAGAAGCAUUUACAAUUGACAGACACACAAAAAGAAAAGCUUGCUCUUGCAAGAGCGUUUUACGCUAACACAGAUAUUUAUAUCUUAGAAGACGUUUUGAAUUCAAUUGAUAAAAUUACUGGAGAAUGCAUAUUUGAAACUCUUAUCCGAGGCGCUUUAGAAGAAAAAGUCGUUAUUUUCAUCACUCACAACCCAACGUACCUUAGUCAGUGUGAUGAGAUAUAUGUAAUAACAAAUGGUGAAAUAAUAGCGCAAGGGGAUCAUCGAUCAUUAUUACAAUCUAAUGAGCUUUAUGCAUCUAUGAUCAACGCUUCUAUUGAUAGUAUCGUUAAUAAAAACGUACAAAUAACAAUGAAGGAUGAAUUAAAUUCCAGUGAGAGAAAAAAAGCCGCGGCGCGUACUCUGCGUCUCAACAUCAAAAUAAUGAUUAUUUUUUUCACAAUUGUAUUGACGUUACUGUACGUGCUUCAACACGUGUCAAUGGAACAGUUUUGCAGUUAUGUGAGUUAUGUAGCAUCUACGAUAAUGAAAAUAGUAACAAUUUUUGAUGAUGUAUAG